AUGGCCCAGCCCCAAAGAGACACGAACCCGCUGCCCAAGGCCUCAGACGAGCCAGGCAAGUUGAACGUGCCCAGCACCCUGCAGAUCGGCUCUAAUAGAACGGACAUCUGUAGCCUUGGCAGGUACAAGAGCAAAGCCGUCGCAGACACUGCCACCCUGUCCCGGGAACCGAUCUUCCACAGUACCCUGGAGGUGGCUGGGACAAGCGGGACACGCAGGAGGGGGGCGCUGCGAGAACUGUUGGGGCUGCAGGGGGCGGCUCCCGCCGAGUGGCUCUCCAAGGAGAACUUGGAGCCGGCUGCGCCUGGGUCCCGCCGCUCUAGCGGACAGGGCAGCAGCCGAGUGUGCCUGGAGCCGCGGGAGCACGAGUGGAUUCUGGCAGCCGCUGAGGGCCGUCUUGAGGUGUUGUUGGAGUUGCUGGAGGCUGAGCCCAGCUUGCUGAUGCGGGACGACCCGAUCACGGGCUACAGCGUGCUGCACUGGCUGGCAAAGCACGGGCGCCACGAGGAGCUUAUUCUGUUGCAUGAUUUUGCCCGGCGCCGGGGACUGCCACUUGAUGUGAGCGCCCCGGGCAGCGGUGGCCUCACACCGCUCCACCUGGCGGCUCUGCAGGGCCACGAUAUGGUCAUCAAGGUGCUGGUGGGAGCCCUGGGGGCUGACCCCACGCGCCGCGAUCACAGUGGCCACCGGCCUUGUCACUAUUUGCGGCCCGAUGCUUCUCAGAGCCUGCGGGAGCUGUCCGGCGCCGAAGAAUGGGAGAUAGCACGCGACAAAGAGCGCGACAAUGCCUAUAACGACAGCAGCACCACCACUGAGUGGUCACUGAGCCGCUCCCCAAGUGUGUUGCAUCUCAAGUCCAUGGGAACACAAUGCAAAGAGGCGGCUCAGCCAGCCAAAGAGAAGAAGAAGAAGAAGAAGAAGAAGAACAAGGCUUCAGGCAAUCAGGGAGGACCGGGCAAAGGCCUUCUGCGCCAUCUGUUCCCCUUCAUCCAGGACCGUUGA